AUGGCUUCUUCAGUAAACCUUUGUCGUCCCACCUACCUCUAUUGCAACCCUGGAAAGAAAUUUCUUUCGAAUGGACAAAAUCCCAUUGCUCGAUUUCCAGUUCAGCGAUUUCCUUGUCAUCUUCAAGCUUCUUCAAGAAGAUCUUCCAACUAUCCUCAGGAUGGUGAAAGUGCAAUUGUCAAUCCCAGAAAUUGGAAUAACAUCAGCAUAGGAGACUUUAAUUACGAUGAUAACGAUGAUGAAUCUGAUGAAGAAGAUGGAGAUCGAAGCUUAGAUUUGCUUGUUCGAUUUGUUCAGAAUGUUUUUCGAAAAGUUUCAAAACGUGCAAGAAAAGCCGUUCGAUCGGUUCUUCCUAUGUCUCUCUCUACCAAAUUGGUGGGAUUUUCAGUUAAUGGAGUUAUUAUAUUGACAUUCCUGUGGGUUCUGAAGGCAUUUCUAGAGGUGAUUUGCACACUGGGAACUGUAAUAUUUGUUAGCAUCUUAUUUAUUCGUGGGGUUUGGUCAGGCAUAUCCUACAUACAAGAAAAUCGCAACUCUAAGACCAAUGUAUUCGGCAGUGAUAGCGGUAUAUGGAGUGGUGCUGCACCGGCAUCUUAAGUUUUUUUUUAUCUGUUGCCACCCUUUCAUUUCUCAACAACUGUAAAGUAUUUCCUAGGGAUGAUCUGGAAACCCAGUCCUUAUGUCCUGUUUAGAGAGAUAUAAAGGCAAUGAUGCAUCACAGCAAUGGUUGACUGAGAAGUUUGGCUUGCAGUUUUUUCUGUUCUUGAAUAUAAAAGACAAGGUACCCUGGGUAUCUGAAGUUUAUAUAACCAUCAGAAAGAUCAAUGCAUCUAGAUGUUACUUAAUGGUGACAUGUUGGACACAGUGGGUACAACACCUUAUACUCCUGUUAGAUUCAUGGCAAAAGGGCUUAAUCCUUACAAUGUACGAGCUGCUGUGAUUCGAAUUAACAUUAAUCUGCUUUGGAUAGGUGUAUUUCACAUUUUUGUAAAAUUCUGUAGAAUUCAUAUAGCAGGAAUAAAUUUGCUCAAUACUUUCAGUUCUUAGCUUGAAACUACAUUAUAAUUUUGUUCAAAUGUAUUGACAUAUUUGUCAA